UCCAGAUGACUUCAGAUACUAUUACAUUAAGUUUUGCGGACACCGAUGCCGAGAGGAUACUGUCUCAAGUGACAUCGACAUCCGACUUCUUAAAUAUCCCAACAAGCGAAUUCCAGAAGCGGCACUGGGAGCGUGAACGCAGACGACUCACCGCAUAUGAAUUACAUGCGAUUACUUUGGCUGAGUACUAUAAGGUCAAAAGGAUCCCUAGAGGUCUGAGGGUACAUUUACGCCCGACCUUUUUUCCCAAUGAUCCUGAUUAUAGCAGAGACUUUGAAAAGAUUAUAAACAAAUGCUCUUAUGACCUGAUCUUACUGACGAUCAAUCGCAUACAAACGGCGGUGACGGAACUCCAGACACAGAUCUUGGCAACCGAACAGCAGCUGAGAGAUUCUCUAACCUCUGAGGAAUUUGGGAAACUUAAAGAGUCCGUGGACACUUAUAUUGCUACUUAUAAAAGAGACACAGAGGAGAAGAAAAGGUCCAAGUUUUUGCGCGAUAGCGAAGAUUACCACCUGAACCGUGUAUACAGAUGGCAAGACCCGACAUGGCGCCAGAAACCAGGUUACAGAAGAUCGCCAAGACCCGGAUCCUUUACCUCCAGUUCCGGAAACGAAUCCACUGGACCGCAAGAUUCCCGUCCUUUUUUACGGAGAGGCAGGCGCCCACGCGGCGGUGGAGGAGGCGUGCAGGACGCAAGCACCACAAACCUUACAGCAAGGCCCGGAUCGAGCCAAACAAUUCAGACCCGUUCGCAGACAUCAUCUACUCAUUGAAGAAUCUCUCAGCUAAGAUGGUAUCUAUAUUGUUUUGUAUGUAAAAAUAACACGUAGUGUUGCCGUUAUACAUGGUUUUCUUUUGUUGAAUACAAAAUGUAUAUUUUUUUGUUACUCUUUGGUUACCUCCUAUGUACCACCCCCUUUUGGGGCUGAUGUCACGGGGCGGUACCCUAUCCCUGGCAUUUUGGGUGUAUAUAAACCUGUGCUGCAUGAUGGAUAUUCUGUUGGAAAAAGGCUGCAAUA